AUGGAAAUUAAUAGGGAAUCUGGAGUUGGAGAGCAUUCUGGUUCAGAGUCACUAAAAAAGAAGCAGUCAAUUAGAGCAAAGGAAGGAAACUUGACUUAUCUUCGAGACUUGGUGGGGAAGAUGAAGGCUAUCCAGAGGAACAAUUUUCGAAGGAAGUAUGGGAAUUUACUAAAUCUUCUAAAGAAUGAUACUCAGGUUCCAACUAUUACUGCUUUGGUCCAAUACUAUGAUUCGCCACUCCGGUGCUUCACCUUCAAGGAUUUUCAAUUAGUGUCGACAAUAGAGGAAUUUGGGGAUAUUCUAGAUCUACCAUUAGAAGGCAAGAUUACUUACAAGCAUACAAUGCAAAAUACAUUUGUUUUGACACUAGCAGGAAUCUUGAAAAUACACCGUGCAAAGUUAGAAGGCAUAAUGAUUACAAAGGGAACCGUCAAAGGCAUUCCUCAAGGGUUUCUAGAGGGGCAUCUACGUCAAUUGGCUGAUAAAGAUAUGGGGGAAACCUUCAUGGAUGUACUGGCGCUCAUUCUUUAUGGCAUCAUGAUUUUCCCAAGCAUCGAUAACUUUGUUGAUCUCUCAGCCAUUAAUGUUUUCAUAGCAUAUAAAAUCAAUGCAAAAAAUCCAGUCACAACAAUUUUAGCUGAUGUUUAUGGAAAUUUGAAUAUGUGUUAUGAAUCUAAGAAGAAGAAGUUGUCAUAUUGCUUGCCAGUAUUAUAUAAGUGGUUUACUUCUCAUGUCAAUCCAAAUUACAAGCCAACAGCUAAAGGAGCCCAAGAAUGGGCAUGUUUUUUUGCUAAAUUACAUAAUGGAAUGAUCAAAUGA